AUGCCAUGGGAAGAAAACGAAAUGGUGCUUUUACAUUUCACCAUACAUGAUGUUUACGAUAAUAUAGAGAAUAAGAUAUCUCUUGAAGAAAAACCAUAUAUAAAAUUUUAUUGGAAAAAUAAAAAAUAUAAGAAUUAUUUGAAAUAUUUUACAGAUGAAAUCAAUUGGUUUUCUGAAUUUUUCUUACCUUAUAAAAUAGGUGACUAUAUAGAAAACCUCAUCGUCCAAAUAUGGGCUAACAGUUAUAUACUUAAAACCAAGAAAAAAGUAGCUUAUAAUUAUAUUAAUAUAAAUGAUGUUGAAAGAAAAAGGAAAAUUAAUGGGAAAACGGAAUUAAUUGGCAAAAGGAAUGGAUUAAAAAUUAUUUAUAGUCUUCAACUUAUUCGAUAUUCAUUAUAUGAAUUUAUGAAAAAUACACAAAUGUUAAUAUUAGAUAAAAUUUCUAUCUAUAAAAUGAUACAAAUACAUAGGAAAAAUCAAAAUAUAUCAGUACAUCGAUAUCAUAAUAAUCAUCAUCUUUUUGAUAAAUAUAUUAUAUCUCUUUUCGAAAAAGAAAAUUAUAUAAAAAAAAAUACAGCUCUAAAAUUAAAAACAAUAAAAGAACAUAAAAAAAAAAAAAAAAAUUCAAACAUUAAAUCAAAUGUAAAAAAUGAACAUAUUCAAAUAGAAACAAAUAAUAAAAAUGAGGGAAGAAAAAAAAUAAUAAUAACAGACCAAAUUAAUUAUAGGAAAAACAAAACAGAAGGCAAUAUAAAAAAUAACCCACAAAAAAAUAAUUCGAAGAAUACAUCAGUACUUGAUUCAAAAAAGAAUCUAAAAUCACAAAAAUUAAAUAAAAAAUUAAACAAAUCAAAUCAAACAAAACAAAAUAUAACUGAUAAUAAAAAAUCAAACAAUAAUAGUACUCACAGUAAAAAAAAAAAAAAAAUUAUGACGAACAAUUUACAACUAAAAAACACAUCACACACAAAGGUAUUAGGUAAUCAUAAAGGAUCGAUAGAAAAAAAAGAACCUAAUAAUAUAUUUAAUAUCCAAAAACAAAAUUCCUUUUUAGACCUAGGUUAUAAAAUACAUAGAAGUUCAAAUAAAAGAAAUUUUAAAAUCUUAAAUUUUAAAAUGGUACAAUCAAAUUAUCAUGAUAAUGAGAAAUUUAAUAAUAACAUAUCACAUGAAAAAGGUCUAAACAAAUUUAAGAAUACAGAUACCAAAAUUUAUGUUUACUAA